AUGGGUCUCUCAUACAACGUCUACUUGACUGCCAACAAGAUUUUCGGGUGUAAGGGAUGCAAGACCCAUCUGGCAGAUUUUAACGACAUCAUGAGUCGGAACUUCCGAGGCCAGCACGGCAAAGCAUAUCUCUUCAAUAAAGUUGUCAACGUCACGCAAGGCGAAGCUGUAGAGCGCAGCAUGACGACAGGUCGACAUAUUGUCCGCGACAUCGCCUGCAGACAGUGCAAGGAAACGGUAGGGUGGAAAUACGACAAGGCAUACGAGAGCAGCGAGAAAUACAAAGAGGGCAAGUUCAUCCUCGAGGAGGAGCUAUUCUGCGUCAGAGUGGGGAUUGACAUCGUUAGAAUGACUCCUGCCCCCUCAGAUUCUGGUAUGAUGCAGGCGGUCGUGUUCCACGGCCCCUAUAAGGUGGCUGUUGAACAGAGGCCUAUUCCCAAGGUGCAAAACCCGAAGGAUAUUGUAGUCAAAGUGGGAUAUACCGCGCUUUGUGGAAGUGAGUUGCACGUGUUCCGUGGCGUGGAGCCUGCAGGAACGGGAUUCAUCAUGGGCCAUGAGUUCGUGGGCGAGAUUGUUGAGAUGGGCAGUGCCGUCAAGACUCUCCAAAAGGGUGACCGGGUCGUCACUGCAUUUACUACUUCCUGCGGCGAAUGCUUCUACUGCAAGCAAGGGUGGUCUUCUCGCUGUAAUAAGAACGAACUUUUUGGAUGUGACAGCUUGAACGGCGGACAAGCUGAAUAUGCCCGAAUCCCGAAUGCUGAGGGUUCCGUCAUGAAAGCCCCCGAGGGCGUUGAUGAAAAAUAUCUGGUGCUCAUGGGAGAUAUCUUCCCCACAGGCUGGUUCGCAGCCAACAAUGCAUUCAAGAACUCGACCCCAGAGCAGAUUGCGGAACAAACAGUAGUCCUCAUUGGAUGUGGACCUGUCGGUCUCUGUGCGCUCAUCAACGCUCUGGAGUACAAACCCAAGCAUAUCUUGGCAAUUGACUCGGUCCCGUCGAGACUAGAGCUUGCCAAGUCACUCGGUGCUGAGCCAUGGAACUUCCAGUUGGACCGGGCUGGUCUAGACAAGCGUGUUCAGGAGCUGACGAAUGGGCGUGGUGCCGAUGCUGUCAUUGAAGUCGUUGGGCUGAGUCCUGCCUUGCGCACUGGCUUUGAACUGCUGCGGCCUUGGGGAACUAUUAGCAGUGUGGGUGUUCACAAUGGAGAGAUUCCCUGGGAUGGAAAUGAUGCCUAUUCCAAGAACCUCACUGUCCAGAUGGGGCGAUGCCCUGUUCGGUCUGUUGCUCCUCAGGCUCUAGAAGUGCUCAAGAGGAAUCAACAUAAGCUUGGCUUCAUGGCUGAUCAUAUUAUGCCUCUCUCACAGGCAGUGGAGGGCUAUAAGAUAUUCAACAAGAUGCAGGUGCAAAAGGUGAUAUUCCAGGCUGAUCAGUAG